AUGACCAUGAGCGCCUGCGGCGGCGGCGACGGCGGCGGCGUCGGGGGCAUCAGCCCCGCGUCGCGCUUCCUGCGCCGCCGCGCCGCCGUGCGGGACCUGGGCGGGGACGUGGCCGGCGACCCCGACUCCGACGCUUUCUGGGCCGCCGCGCCCCUCCUCUACGACUUCUCCCAGCAGCAGCCCACGCCCCAGCAGCCCGCGCGGCGAUCGCCCUCGCCGGCGCCGACCAGCCCGUGCCUCCUCGCCCGGAAGCGGCACAAGGAGCGGUCCCCGUCGCCGCCUCCGGCCCCGCGGCGCUCGCCCGCGUCGGGCGGGACGACGACGACCUGCCUGCUCUCCGCCCUGCACCGCACCUGCGUGGGCUGGGGCGUCACGAGGCGGGCCGAGUACCCCAGCCGGUACCGCCCGGCUUCUCCCACCGCUUCUGGACUCGGGAUGCGCGUGCACCAGCUGGCGGCGGCUCGGUGCGUGGGCGAGGACGAGGAGAGCACCAGCGGCGCCGUCAAGAGGAGCAAGUACCUCGGGGUGGUGGUGGGCAAGAACGAGCAGCAGGAGGAGGAGCAGGUGGCGCCGGCGGUUGGUCAAGAUCAAGAGAGCGGCCGUGAGGAGGAGGAGGACAAUCCCGUGGUGGACAAGGCGAGGAAGGCGAGGAGCAGGAAGAGGGCGAGGUGGAGCCGCCGGCGCCGCGGCGCCGCCAGGCGCGCCAAGAAGGCCCCGCGCGUCGUCAAGGAGGAGCAGGAGGAGACGUCAGGCGAGGCGUCGGCGGAAGAGGACGUCAAGCCUGCGGUGGCGGUGAAGGCGGAGGAGGAGCCGAGGGAGGGGAGGAAGAGGGCGGCGGCCACGGCGAGUGCGCGUGCCCACGUCGCCGCCAAGCGCGGCAAGAGGACGACCCCUCCGAAGCAGGAGGAGGAGAAGGGGGAGGUGGACCGGUGGUCGGCGUGGCGGUACGCGGCGGGCGAGGCGACGCUCGUCGACAUCCUGCGCGAGCGCGGCGCCACUGCCGGCAACCCCGCGCCGCGCGCCGACCUGCGGGCGCAGGCGCGCCGCCACAUCGGCGACACCGGCCUCCUCGACCACCUCCUCCGCCACGUCGCCGACAAGGUCCCCGCCGGCAGCGCCGACCGGGUCCGCCGCCGGUAUAACCCGGCCGGCGGCCUGGAGUACUGGCUCGAGCCGGCCGGACUGGCGGCCGUGCGGCGGGAGGCCGGCGUCGAUGACCCGUACUGGGUGCCGCCGCCCGGGUGGAAGCCCGGAGACCCCGUGUCGCCUGAGGCCCGCACGCUCCAGGUGCAGAAGCAGGUGGAGGAGCUCACCGGCGAGCUUGCCGUCGUAAAGAGGCAAAUGAAGCAGCUCGACUCCAAUCUGGUGCAAGUGAGCAAGGAAGCCUACAUCUCAUGGAAGGGGUAUGACUGUAUGGUGAAGGCUAAUGGCAAGCUGGAAAAAGAGGUGCUGUCCUUGGAGGAGAAGUAUGAGAAUGCGGCACAGGUGAAUGGGGAGCUGAAAGAGCUGCUGCUGUUACUGAAGGAUAAGUAUGAUACUGUGCUUGAGAAGAAUGAGAAACUGGAGGGCCAGAUGGUUGCUCUGUCCACUUCUUUCCAGUCCAUGAAGGAAGAGUUGCUCCUGCAGAGAAUUGAAGAACAACCUCUUCUGAUGCUAGCGCAAGAGCCUUGGGAUGGUGACAAGCAAGAAGCCGGUGCGAACAAUGCUUUGGUGUGUGCAGGCAACCAGCUGACUGAUGCUGAUGCCGUCGAUGGCAGCUUCAGCAGCGAUCACAGUGCCUGUGAUGACGAGAAGAUGGCGCUGAGGAAGGGUAUCUGCAUGCGGGAGGGAGCAUGCCAGUGGCCUAGGUCUGCUGCUUCCGGUGGCAAGGCCGGCAGCCCUGGGGACCUGCCAGAGCCGCUGACUCCCGGCGCGGAUCUGGUCAUCGCCGACUUCGACACCAUGAUCAAUAACCUCGCGCCACCGUCCAUGGAGGAAUACCUGCUGGCCGAUGGUCUCCCCACGCCGACGUCGGCCUCGUCCACCAAUGCCUCUCCCAAGCUCCAGCUUCUCCCCUCACCGGCCUCGCCAAUCCAGGUCCAGCCUCUGCCGUCAACAACCAUGGUCAUGGGUGACCUCAACCUGCAGCUCCGGCACACGCCACAGGACAUGUCGUCUACGUCAUCAGGACCGUGCGGUGCCAAGGCGCUGAAUCUCGACGCAGGAGCUGGAGGUGGCGAGGUUGGCACUGAGCUGGUCCUGGCGACCCCCACCUACUGA